AGGUACCAACCCACUUUAACGCGCCAAAUUUAAAAUGUAUUAUCUACAGUCUAUAAAAUAUUAAUUUCCCCGUUGCAGUAAAUGGAAAUUAUUUUCGCAUUAUAUAUAUGUAGAAGUGAACGCUGAUGGGGCCUUCUACACAUUUGGAAAUUUUAAAAAAUCAUCCCUAGAAAGGAGAAAACAAGUUGACAAGACGGCGUCAUAAAAUAACCCAAAUUUCUUGUGAAGUUUCAGUAACGUCCUUCAUAGUAAACUGCUAUUUUAAAGGUCAAACAGAUUAUAGGUCUUUGUUUGUAACGAUGAAGGCGGCAACUUCUCCAUCUCCCAAGACCACGAAACCCGCCAGUCCAAAAUCGGGAAAUGACCUGCAGGAAAUUCAGUCUAGGACUGACAAGGAGUUGGUCGCAAUGGCGGUUGAUGAGAAGGCGUCGUGUAAAGAACUCGACCAGUGGAUUGAACAGCUAAACGACUGCAAGCAAUUAACGGAAAAUCAAGUUAAAACGUUAUGUGAUAAGGCAAAAGAGAUCCUUUCAAAGGAAUCCAAUGUACAAGAAGUGAAAUGUCCUGUCACAGUAUGUGGAGACGUUCACGGGCAAUUCCACGAUCUGAUGGAACUGUUCAGAAUAGGGGGAAGAAGUCCUGACACAAACUAUUUAUUCAUGGGAGAUUAUGUGGACCGUGGAUACUAUUCAGUGGAAACCGUAACCCUUUUAGUAGCACUUAAAGUCCGCUAUAAGGAAAGGAUCACCAUUUUGAGAGGCAACCAUGAAUCAAGACAAAUUACGCAAGUUUAUGGGUUUUACGAUGAAUGUCUGAGAAAAUAUGGAAACGCGAACGUAUGGAAGUUCUUCACGGAUUUGUUUGACUACCUGCCACUGACUGCAUUAGUUGAUAGUCAAAUUUUCUGCUUGCAUGGUGGACUAAGUCCCAGUAUUGAUACCUUAGACCACAUCAGAGCGUUAGAUCGUUUACAAGAGGUUCCUCAUGAAGGUCCUAUGUGUGAUCUUCUUUGGUCGGAUCCAGAUGAUCGGGGUGGUUGGGGAAUCAGCCCAAGAGGUGCCGGUUACACUUUCGGCCAGGAUAUUUCCGAAACGUUUAAUCACUCCAACGGACUGACGCUGGUCUCAAGGGCCCAUCAGUUAGUAAUGGAGGGUUACAAUUGGUGUCACGAUAGGAACGUAGUAACGAUAUUUAGCGCGCCGAAUUACUGUUACAGGUGCGGGAACCAAGCGGCGAUUAUGGAAUUGGACGACGCACUUAAAUAUUCUUUCUUACAAUUCGAUCCGGCACCAAGGCGUGGCGAGCCGCACGUAACCCGCCGAACUCCAGACUAUUUCUUGUAAUUUUAUAAUGUCAAUCUCAUAUAAAAAAAAAAACAAAAAUCGCUUAGAUUAUAUUAUUGUAUUUGUUAACGAGAAAAUAAAAGAAACGCCUGCAAAAUAUCGCGCGAUAUGUGUAACUAUUAUUAUUACAAAAUGAAGUUUAAAUUUAGUCGAAAAAAUAUAAUGAUAAUUUUUCUUUUUUUGAA